AUGACGAGCUCAUAUGCUGAACGUGAAGCAGCAUGGUAUGAGCAUGAAGAACGUAUGCGUCCAUCCUAUAUAAUGAGACCAUCUUAUGGUAGCCCAAAUGGCGUACAACCUCAACCUCCUUUGAGUCCUUCUUCACGUUGGACAGCAUCCACUUCUGUAGCUCAACAUCAACAAGGAGGAGCACAAUAUCCUUUUCCCGGUACCGCAAUUGAUUAUCCUGCUUCUCCGCAAAAGCAAUUAACGCAAUCACAACAGCCGCCACCACCAAGACGAUUUGCUCAUUCGGUUGGACAAAGUGGAAUGAGACCUUUGAAUGAUUCUUCUUCCACCACAAGACCAAUUUCUCCUACAACGCUGCAUUCUAUGGCUGAAACGGGCAGAACGACUCCAAUGUCGUCUAAUGGCGAAGGUGGAUUCAAAGGACGUCCUUAUCAUCUUAAUUCUUCGCCCAGUAGACUUCAUAGUCCAGCUAAUGGAUAUCAACCAUUCGCGUUGGAUGAUGAAGAAGCACGCAGGACGGGAGCAGUUGGUAAAGGAAGCGCAUUUAUGCAUAAAGGAUUCUUUGAUAUCCUUUCACUCGUCAAUAAUCCUGCCAGUAGACCUGCAGGUCAAAAUGGAUUCAAAGCUACAUUUAGCAAAGCAACUGGUCGAUUCCGUAGAGAUUCCAAUCCAAACGGUCCUCGUAUCGGCUUGAACAGUGGAGGUAAAGAAGAUCCUUUCUUUAGCUCUCCUGCUCCUCCUCUUCAAAAUAUCACUUCGAGAAAUUCGAUGCAAAUGCCUCCUUUGAUGCCAACUACACGAACGAACAGGAUGUCUGUUCCAGUAAAUGCCACAUACAAUCCAAUGCCUAGUCCUUUCCCCAAUGCUGGUGCUGCUGCUCUAGGUCCAAAAGCAGCAAAGAAGCGAAUCAGUAUAGAUAUGGUUGGAGCACCACGAAUUGACAGUUUCGUUCAUGCAGCCCAUGCUAGUGAUGCAGAACAAGCAGAAGAAAUCCUACGUAGAUGGGGAAGGGAUAAUGUUGGCAAGAUUGCCGAUCCAGCAUGGAUUGAACGUUGUAAAGAAGCAAUGCGCGUUCAAGCAGCAAGAAAUCAAGCAGAAGCAAUCGCACAAAUUCAAGCUGCUCUUCAUCAAGAAAGUGCGUUUAGAGAUAAUCCAAAACAACUUCAUAUCGUUAAUGGUACUCCAAGUGCCUUGACUUUUGCUACCGCAACUACGGCUACUGUUGGUCAUAGUACGCUUUCUGGUAAUUCUACACAAACUCAAAGACCUUCACCUGGUGUGGGCGGCGCUGGUGCUGCUUUUGAACAGAUUGAGGAGGAAGUCCAACACAAUGGCCAGCCUGUUGCUCCAAUGACACCUCCUCACAAAUCUCCUUCCCCACCUCAUAUGGCACAAUCGCCUAUCGCAAGACCUGGAAUGAUGCCAAGAACAAACACGCAAGGAACGAUGCUUGUAAGUUCACCUGUAAAUCUUGCAAAAACACAAGAUGUUCCGGAUUAUUUGCAUUUCCAACCACAGCCUGUUGCAGUGAACAAUGCGAUUGUCGAACAUCCACGUACCGUUCAACCGAUCGAUGAAAGAAGGUCAAGUAAGGCAAUCGAUGGAUUACCGGGCGGCGGAGGUGCGAUUGAUGCUUUGUUCGAUAGACCUGUUUCGAUGGUCGUUCGUGAUAGUUUAGCGAUGACAAACAACAACAACCACAACGCAUCCACGCGAAAUUUAGCAGGAGAAGCAAUGUCUGAUGUUUUGGUUAAUCAUGCAGGAGCGGCUAUGAGACCAAGUUUGACGACAGUUGAAAAAUCCGUUGCAGCAAAGAUUUAUUUUGAAAAUUUGUAUUAUGGUAUUUUGAAAAAGCCACAAGCUCGAGAAACACGCAAAGCAGGAUUAGAAGCUGAAUUGGCAUUGCUGCGUAUUCCUGAUUCUUCCAAGGAAGCGAUCAGGAACGCUUGGGCUGCUAAUGAAACGGAGUAUCUUCGUGAUAUUCGUGCUCGUGUGAACGUGAACAGUUUCUCACGUUUAAAGACUAUUGGUCAUGGUGCUUUCGGUGUGGUGGCAUUGGUGCAAGAACGUCAGACGGGUGGACUGUAUGCAAUGAAACAAUUACGCAAGGCAGACAUGCUGCGAAAAGGACAAGAAGGACAUGUACGUGCAGAACGUGAUCUGAUGACGAGUGCAAGUGCAAGUCAAAAUGCAAAAUGGAUCGUCAAGUUGGUGUAUAGCUUCCAAGAUGUGGAUCAUUUGUACUUGAUAAUGGAGUUUAUGGGUGGUGGAGAUCUGUUGAAUCUUCUGAUCGAGAAGGACAUCUUUGCCGAAGAUUUUGCCCGUUUCUACGUGGCAGAAAUGAUCUUGGCCGUUCAUGAAGCACAUCGAUUGGGAUAUAUCCAUCGCGAUAUCAAACCCGAUAACUUCCUCUUUACUUCUCAAGGUCAUGUCAAAUUGGCCGAUUUCGGACUUUGUCAAAGUUUCCAUUGGGCACACGAUGGUGCAUAUUAUGAUCAACAACGCAAGAAUAUGCUCAAGAAACAUGGAAUCGAUUUGGAAGAUUCGGGUACGGCUCGCGCAGGAAUGAAUCCAGGAAGAGGAGGAGCAGGAACGCGAGGAAAGGCGGAUGGCACAUUGACGGAUAAAGAAUUGAAAGAUGUGAUGAGCGAUCGACAUGAUGAUGGAACACCUUUGACGCAUGUUUUAACAUGGCGAGAGAAGAACAGGAAAAAGAUCGCUUAUUCUGUCGUUGGAACGAAUAAUUAUAUGGCUCCGGAAGUGUUGCGUGGAUUGGGAUAUGAUCAAUCCUGCGAUUGGUGGUCUUUGGGAGUGAUUGUGUUUGAGAUGUUGUACGGAUACCCUCCAUUUGUGAGUAAAUCUCGACAUCUAACACGACAAAAGAUUCUCAAUUGGCGACAAACGCUACGAUUCCCACCAAAGCCAAAAGUUUCAAGGGAUGCACAAGACUUUAUCUCCAAGUUGAUCUGUGAACGUGAUGAUCGAUUAGGAAGUCAAGCGACGGCAAGUGUGAGCAGACCAAAUUCACUUUUACAAGGUAGCAGACAACAAAGAAGUGGAUUUGCAGCGGGUGGCAAUCCGGAAAAGGCAGGAUUGGUUGAUGGAGUGGAAGAAUUGAUGGCACAUCCAUGGUUCCGUGGAAUUGAUUGGGCAAAUUUACAUCAAUCAAAAGCGCCUUUUGUGCCUGCUUUAAGUCAUCCUGCCGAUACGAAACACUUUGAAGAUGAUAUAGAUGAUGAACCUUUGCCUGCACCGGGAGCAGCGGAAGCGGCAAAGAAUGGACAGCCUGCGCCGGUUGAACAAGCUCGGGAUCCGAUGUUGCGCGAUAAGGCACACGGGCAACAUCUUUUGGAGAUGCGUAAACAGUUGGCCUUUGUUGGAUAUACGUUCAAAUCACCCAAAUCAUUCGAUCCAAAAGCACAAUUAACAGAAUCAAAGAUUGUUGCUGCAGAGAGAGGUCAAGCGCAGGCAAACAAUGGAGGAACACCCUCACAAUUAUCAAGUGGAAGUAGACUACGGUCGAUGUCCAUGUAA